AUGUCCUUCAGCUUUGCUCCCUUCUACCCAGAGUAUCAAUACACCAUUCUUGGAAGGUAUCAAUUCCCCGGCCAGCGUUGCACCGGUCGCUUUCACGAAGGCAUAAGCAGAAUGCUACUGGCCGGAAACGAGCAUGGAUGGCAUGCAACCUUCCUAUUCGCCCUACUCAUUGAAGUCACAGGUUUACGAAGGAGGACAAAUUCAACCUCAGCCGACCACGAAGCUCCCAUCAUUAUAGCGGUGAUGGGAGUCACUGGUACAGGGAAAAGCACCUUCAUCGAAAAGGUGACCGGCCUCUCCACUGGUGUCGGCCACGGGAUCGAAUCCGAAACCUCCAAAGUCAUGAUCUACAAGACCACGAUGGGCGGAAAAGAGGUCUGGUUUUUGGAUACUCCGGGUUUCGACGACACGUACCUCCGCGAUACAGAGGUCCUAGAGGAGAUCACAAACGCACUGGCAGAGCAACGACUGCAGCGCCGUAAGGUGAACGGGGUGGUGUAUCUGCACAGCAUCCUGGAGAACCGGAUGCGAGGAAGCGCCCUGAAGAACCUUCGGAUGAUGCUGGAACUUGCAGGGAAGGACGGCCGGCUGCGAAACGUGGCCCUGGUGACGACGAUGUGGGACCGGCUGGCGUCUAAAAACGAAGGAGUAAAGACCGAACAAAUGUUCAAGGCUAAAUUCUGGAAUGAGAUGAUUUCCUUUGGGGCUUCCGUGGGACGGAUCGAGGAUCACACCGAUAGGAAGGAAUAUCUGCACAUCGUGGAGCAGAUUAUGAAGAAUAACGGGGUUAUACUGCAGAUCCAGGAAGAGACGGUCGAUCAGCAGUUGCCCCUGGGAGAGACCUCCGCAGGCAAGGUGAUCCUGGACUAUGUCAAUAAGCUGUCUAAAAAAUGGGAUCAAGAACUGGCCCAACUGAACGAGGACCUGCGCCAGGCCAGAGAGAAAGCGGAUCAAGAGGCGAAGCUGAUGCAGGAGCUUCUCCAGGAGGAAAAAAAAAAACUACAGGAAGAGAUCGAGCUUGCCUCACAGGAUCGUGCAAAUUUACAGAAGACACUCUCCGAUCUGGCCCAAGAGAAUAAGCGUAUGGCAGAUUUACUCAAUUUACUUAAGCUUGAUAAUGCUGAAGGCGAUAGGAGAGAGAAGGAGAGAGAUAAAAACAAGGCAGAUAAAAAUGCAGCACCAGUCGGUCCCAACAUUGGUCAAAAAACACCGACUACGUCGUUCGCCCACGAGCUGUACCAGACUCUAGACAGGGAGAACUACAACACAGGCAGAUUCAGCGAUGUCACUUUCUUACCAGCAGACACAAACUCUCUGGUUACCGGAACCGACAGAGGAUACCUCCAACGAUGGGAUAUAAUCACUGGCACUCCGCAGGAAUCGGCUUCUAUUCCUGACAGGAUUGUCAUGCUGGCGCCUGCACCAGACGGAAAGUCUGUUUGGUUUGUAGACGGCCGCUGCAUGGUGUCGCGGUGGCUUCUCAGAUCCAGCACAAUGCCCAUGUACGGAGUAUCCACGGGGUUUCUAAAGAACUCCUAUAAUGUAGCAGUCUCGCCCGAUGGCAAGCUACUCGUCGGGCAAGAUCAGCUUUGGUAUAUUCCAACGGGCCGUCAGCUAGGAACCAUGGAAGGUGGGCACUGGCCAGCUGCCUUCUCGCCAGAUAGCAGUCUCGUCGCAGCAGGGUGUAAACCCCCCCGGGCCCCGCUCGCCAUUUGGGACACAGCUACUUGCACACUCCAGAAGGAGAUCACAGGCCAUUCAUCUUUUGUCACCGACGUGCAGUUCACGCCGGACGGCAAACUUGUUGUGUCCGCGUCCAAUGAUCACACGGUACGGCUGUGGGAUUGGACUAACAACCGCAUGCAUUCCAUCAUUGCUGAUUCGGCGCACCCGAUUAAUGCCCUUGCAAUCGCACCUAAUGGGAGACUUCUGGCGUAUGCUUCUGCUAAAGCAGAGAAAGCCUGGAUCUGGGACAUUGCCUCCAGCUCCAGGCGGGCAGAAAUCACGGGGUAUUUAAGCUUUUUGGGUUCAAGAGGUAUUGCCUUUUCACAGGACGGUCAGCUGCUGGCUGUGACGGUCAUCGAACGCCCUCCAGGUGUUUCAAAUUAUGUUGCUGUCAAGAUUUGGCGAUUGAGCUACAAUUGAAGAUCAAGAUGUCAUAGCUUGUGUGUACACGUGACACGUGAUGAAUGUAAAGAAUUCGGU